ACACACACACACACACACACACACACACACACACACACACAGCUCCACAGCUCUUGUAUCACCAAGAAUCUGGCAGUCUACUGACAUAGUUCACGGCGUGUAUUGGGCGAUACCUAUCCUUACUGCGUCUGGUCUGGGAAUUGAAGACAGAAACUUCAAGGCAGUAAGGGUCUAGAAUACCUCAAGAAGAUGUAUCUAAAUGCACUCCUUCUCACCUUGGCAUUGAUCGGUGGCAUCAGCUGCCAAGAUUACUAUGAUUUUGAUUAUCCUUUUGCCAUGUACCAACUGUCUUCACCGAACUGUGCCCCAGAGUGUACCUGUCCAAUAAAUUACCCAACAGCUAUGUAUUGUGAUGAGCUGAAACUGAAAACCAUGCCCAUCAUACCUCCCGGGAUCAAGUAUCUUUAUCUCCGGAACAACUUGAUUGAGUCCAUCGAGGAGAAGGCAUUUGAGAAUGUCACUGAUCUCCAAUGGCUCAUCCUUGAUAACAACCGCUUGGAAAACUCCAAGAUCAAGGGGAAAAUCUUCUCAAAGCUGAAACAGCUCAAGAAACUACACAUCAACCACAACAACUUGACUGAAGUGGUGGGCCCCCUUCCCAAAUCUCUGGAUGACCUGCAGCUGGCCUAUAACAAAAUCACCAAGAUCUCUCCCACCUUCUUUGAUGGUCUCAUCAAUCUAACCUUUGUCAACCUUCAGCACAACCAACUGAAAGAGGAUGCAGUCUCAGCAGCUUUUAAGGGCCUGAAGAAACUUGAAUAUCUUGACUUGAGCUUCAACCAGCUGUCCAAGCUGCCCAAUGGACUUCCCAUUUCUCUGCUAACGCUCUACCUGGACAACAACAAGAUCAGCAAUAUACCUGAUGAGUAUUUCAAGCGCCUUAGUGCCCUGCAGUACCUACGGUUGUCUCACAAUGAGUUGGCUGAUGGUGGGAUCCCAGGCAAUUCUUUCAACGUCUCUACUCUUAUUGAGUUGGAUCUCUCCUAUAAUAAGCUGAAGAAAAUCCCAACUGUCAAUGAAAACCUUGAAAAUUAUUAUCUCGAGGUCAAUGAGAUUGAUAAGUUUGAAGUAAAGAGUUUCUGUAGAGUCCUGGGUCCUUUAUCCUACUCCAAGGUCAAACACCUACGCCUGGAUGGAAAUCUCCUCAGUCGAUCUACGUUGCCAUCAGAAACGUACGAGUGUCUUCGGGUAGCCAAUGACAUCACACUGGAAUGAGUUCUUGGCCAAUCCCAGAAUUCUUUAUAAGUGUUCAUACUAGAGAUUUGUCUAGGAAUAACACUUUACAGUUAGGAUUUCCAAACAAAGUCUCCAUUUCCUUACUAUCAAAUUCAUUGAUGUUUACUACUAAGAAUUUUAUGAUCUGUGGGAAAAUGUUUUGUAAACAUUGUAACUUACUUUUUUUUUUAAGAAAUGAGAUGAAAGGCAGGCCUGCUUCAUCACAAACACACACAUACACACAGCACUGAGUGCUUUUUGUGAAUUUUGUUAACUUGGCAAGUCAGAAAAUCUCCCAAACGUCGUGUAAUGUUACCCUUUUUAAGUGACAAGGAAACCAGGUGUAUUUUUGGAUAACCAAAUAUUAACUUAAAAGGCCCAAAGCUUAAACCAUUGAGUCAAAGUAAAUCCCUCUCACUAACCUUAACUCAUUUUUUUUUCUGUAUGCUAAAGCACCAAAAAUGAUAUUUGUUAAGCUGAAUUAAAGUUUCCACUAGUAAAUGCUCAUUUUAAAACUUAUUUAACUAAAGCCAUGAGACAACAUGAAUGGAUGGAAGUAUUUUCAUUUUUUUAAAAAAAAAUUUACAUGUGCACUUACGUAGUGAGAUUUUUCUCAUUUAGAAUGAUUAUUUCACUGUAAGUCAUUUAUACAUGUUUCUGUUCAAUUAUUUGCAUGCUAUGCUUAAUCCGCUAAUUGAAAAAUAAAACAUAGCAAAAAACA